AUGUUAGAUGGAAUUAUGUCAGGGAUAUUAAGUACAGAAGCAGUGGUAAUUAUGAAAACCAUAACUCUUCAAAAGAAAACUUCAUAUUGGGAAACAAAAAAAAAACCUACCAAACAAAAAAAAAGAUCCCGAAAAAAUCGAUUAGCAGAAAGAAAGAGGGUCACCGUGACCUCGACCACUCGAUCGACCACUACUAACAACUCCCAACUAUUGUGUAAUUAUAGCAUGUUGUGUCAUCAAAACAUGAAUAGAAUUGAUAUCGGGAAUAGAACAUUACCAUCAACCAUAAAUGUUCGAAUGGUUGAUGAUCAAACAAUGAAAGCAAUGGAAAGGGAGGGCGCUGGCCGGAGAAGUGUAACAUAUAAGGGUCAUUUUCAAUGGCCAUCUAAAAAUAGCAUAUUAACAACACCGGAACGGAAACGUUCAAGACGUUCUAUGAGCUUCGCUGAUUCCGGUUUAGGUUCAUCCAUAUUUGGUUCACCUCCCUCGAAAUCAGUUACUAUAUCAGACACCGCUCCUAUGUUAAAGACACCAACAAGGAAGAGGUCACCGAAUACGAACUCACCCUCCUUACAAUCUUUUCUUCAUGUGUCUGCGUUUAGUGAUGCCUUCUGUCCACCAGAGAACUGUUCGCCUCCAUCGAAGUUCCGUUUGUCGGAUCCAGAUAGUGCUGUUGAAUACAGAUUUAGUGGGAUAAGUGUGCCAGAAAAUGAAACACCUAUCAAUAUGGCAGACGAUGCAUUGAAUGGAGCGAUACCAUCUACUUCUUUCAAAGACUCCUCUUUCCGGUCGUCACUUGAUGAUGAGAAUGAUGAUAGCAUAACGGACUCUGCUAUUUCAUAUGGGAUGGUGGAAACACCAAGUAAAGGAUUUAAAAACGAAAUGAAUAUGGUCACGGGUUUCAUUGAUGAUAACUUUUCAUUGCUUACAUCAACCCCAUUGAAUAUCAGUCCAAAUGAUGACAUUUCAAGGAGCCAUGGUUUCAUACCCUCACAUUAUACAAUUCCUGAACAAGCUAAUGGUCCGCUGGAAAGCAGUUUGUGUGAACCGGUCGAUCAGUUUAGAUUACACACUGCUGGUUUUUUAUCUCCUGUGAAAAGCACUGAUACGGAAGCUAUAGUUUUACCAGUAACGAGGAUAAAUCAGCUAGAGAAGAUAAAUCUUUCGCAACAAAGGAUUGAACACUUCUAUCCAAAGUUUCCAAGUAAUUCAGCAGCUGCAAAUUUAAAUCGGGUUUAUCUUCGUGAAACGAACUACAAUAAUAGGCCAUUCAGGCCACCAGCAAAAGCGCUUAAAGUGAACUCAAAAAAAUGGUUUCAAAUAACUUGCGGGGAAACACCUCAUCAGAUAGAAAUGACUCGAAUGGCUAGAAUUUUCCUAGAAGGUAGUCAGCCAAUUUUUCCACAGUGA